AUGCCGCCUUUUACGACGCCGAGGGCCGACGCACGUCGCCAUCAGCAGCUACCGCAGCGGCAGCGGAGUCGCGCGCCGUGGUUGUCCGGCUGGAAUCGCCAGUGCCUCGCAGCGCUCAAUCUAGAUGUCGCCUGGGCGCGCUUCGUCAAGGCAGUCGGCCGACGGUUAGAGUCCCCAAACCGGCCGGUCAAGUCAGGUUACUAUGCCGGCUGCUACGGCUGCCUAGCCGGCGUAGCGUUAGUCUGCGCGCUGCUCGUCGUCCUCCCACUCAUUCUCCAGCGCCGCGCAUUCCUCUCCCCCUCCGCCUUGCGCGCCGCGACCUCCGUCGACCGCGAGGCGCUGGCGGUGGCGGUGGAGCGGCACGGGCCGUACAUCGACUCCGCCGACAUCAGCGCCGCCGCCGCGUGGCCCUCCGCGCUCGACGACCUGCCUCCCGCGCGCGAUGCUUCCGCGCGCGAGUCAGACGCGCGCGCGCGUGGCGAGGGGGGAGCGGGUGGCGAGGGAGUGACAGGGGGGAAAGGGGAGGGUGAAACGCGGGAGGAGCGGCGGGGUUUGCAAGGGGGGGAGCAGCAGGGGGAGGGGGAGCGGAGAAGCGGAUGGGACGCGGAGGGGGGCGCGGAGGCAGCGUGUGCGUCAGGAGGCGCGGGGUGCCCUUACCCCGACAUUGUUGUGCGCGCCAAGGGCCCACUGCAUGCGCGCAUGGAGGCGGUGUGUGCGGGCUACGCCAUCACGCAGCUGCUCGCCAUGAAGCUCUCCCCGCCCGUCGUUGACGCCGUUGGUGUCCCCCACCCCCACGGCCCCCACGCUGCUGCUACUGGCGCUACUGGCGCUGCUGGUAUGGAUGCUGCUGCCGCUGCUGGCAGCAGUGGGGACAGCAGCAGCAGCAGCGGGGGAGUGGAGGGGCCAGGGGUGGGAGAGGAGGGAGUGAGGCAGCUGAGGCUGGCGGUGCUGUGGCAGCCGGACAGCGGUGUGUGGGACGCCCACUUCCACCACCUCUUCCAGCCCCUGCCGCUCUCGCCCUCCCUGCCUGACGACCACGACACACCGCACAACGGGUCUCAUAACGACCCACGCGCUGCGGGUGCAGCGACGGUGGCAGUGCUGCAUGAGAGGCCGCUCUGGCUGCACUCGCCACUCUACGCUGAAGGGAGGCUCGACCUGGACAUCGUGCCAGCUCCGUCACAGUCACCGCCACGUCAGCAGCCACCUCAGCAACCACAGCAGCAGCCACAGCCGCAGCCGCAACCACAGCCAGGCCAGCCCCAGCCACAGCACAACCCGCACCACGCACAGCAGGCACCAUGGCUGGUGGAGCAGCCGCCCGUCCCCUUCCCCACCCAACCUCACACCACUCGCCGCCGCCUGCUGGGCACCGGCGCCAACAGGGUGGGCACUGGCACUGGUACUGGCAGGGCGCGCUCCUCCCAGCACCUCAGCAGCGGCCGCUUGGCGUCUGCCCGUCUGCUCUUUUCUCCUCAUGGGUCCUCCCCUUCCGAGGAUGAGCCUGGCACGCAGAGCAGUGGUGGGGAAAGCACUGAAGGGCAGAGCACGGGACGACGAAGGCGACUGGCAGAAGUGGCAGGGGGUAACACAGGAAGCACGGGUAGCAGCAGCGGCGGUAGCAGCGGUGGUGGCGGCGGCAACACGGUGUCUGUGAGCCUUCACCUGCUCUCGUCCCUGCGCAGUGCGGCUACGAGCAUGGAGGUG